CAACUUCAAUGAAGUAGUAAGAGUAGAGAUAGAACGUCAAACCCAAAGAAGGAAAAAAAUAUAAUAGAUAUAUAUAUAAUAUAACAAGACUUGAUUUUCUUCAUUUGAGAAGGACAUCUGAGAAGAGACGAAAAGAUGAACUACGUAAUAGGAAUUGGCGGAGUCACUAAUGGUGGCAAGACCACCUUGACUGAUAAGUUGAUGAAGACGUUGCCUAACUGCUGUGUAGUGCAUCAGGAUGACUUUUUCAAGAAACCUGAUCAGAUAGAAGUCGGGGAGGACGGCUUUAGACAAUGGGAUGUGAUCACAGCUUUGGACAUGGAUGCCAUGACCAACACCGUCAAAGGCUGGAUAGAAAAUCCAGAGAAGUUUGCCCGUUCGCACGGUGUCCUGUUGUCGUCUUCCUCCGACGUUGCCAACCCAGAUGAGCAGAUCCACGUUCUGAUUCUGGAGGGCUUCCUGCUCUACAAUGACCCAAGGCUGCUGGAUGUUUUUGACAAAUGUUAUUGCAUCACCAUUCCUUAUGAAGAAUGCAAGAAAAGGAGAAGUACAAGACAAUACACGGUCCCAGAUCCUCCUGGCCUGUUUGACGGCCACGUUUGGCCGAUGUACAUCAAGCACCGCAGGGAGAUGGAAGACAGCGGCUUAGAUAUUGAGUAUCUGGAUGGCUUGAAAAGCAAAGAAGACCUCUACAACCAAGUGUAUGAGGACAUUCAGAACAACCUGCUUAAUCGUUUAUAGCAUCAAGAAAGCGCACUUCAGUGCUGCACAAAUACUUGUAAAUAGCGCCAAGGAUUUCUUUAAUUAUUUUUUUUUAUACAUAAAUGUUUUAACUUAUCAUCAUUUUUGUUUGCUUUUGUUUGGUCAAAGUCAUUGUUGAACCGGUCUGUAAUUUACACUGGACCCAAGCCAAUCACAUUCUUCUUCCAUCAAUAAAAAUGUAUUCACGUUGGCUAUGAACAUCAA